AUGUCGAACACGCCACCGGAGCCAUCCAUCGGUCUAGAUUUGAACGAUCUCCACGAGAUCAGGCAGAAUCACCUGGCAACCCGGCUGGAGCCCGAGGACUCCGAGAAACGGGAUCAGAUACGAGGAAGUGACGGCAACAAUCCCGACAGCGAUUGCGAAAGCGACACCAGCGAGGUAUUGAGCGUCGGUAGCGAACCGACGCCCACGAGCGUCGUUGGAAUCCGUGGUUGCGGCUCGGUCAGGUAUGACCAAGAAUCGGCGAGCAGUCGCGGUGACUUUCGCGACGAGGAGAACACGAGGACAUCGGCGACACCAUCGCCUUCUAGCUCGACGAGCUGCAACGAUGCGUUCUAUCAGCGAACCGCUAAUCACAUCUCGGCACCGAGUCCACCGGCCUACAGUCAACCACCGUCGUCGCCUACCGCGUCCUCGGUCAGGUCACCGGCUUCCUCGUCGGCCACCGCCUCGUCGCCGGGUCGGCCCGAGGCAAUCCAGGACGUCAUAGUGCCCAGGUAUCAAUCGAGUCAUCCGCAACACCUGCUGCCACGGUAUUCGUCCAGGGAAACCGAGAUCCCGGACUAUCCGGCCCGGGUCCAGCACGGUCUGACUCACGAGAUCGUUUAUCCCACGGUGGAGAGGUUGCACAGGACCCCGAUCAGCGUUCCCCUGGUGACCAGGCUGUCGUUGUCACCACCGUCGGCCGUUACCGGUCUCCAAGCAGCCACCCCUGUCCUCCACCCUACGGCCUGCAGGGAUCCCAGGGAAACGGCCUCGCUGAUGCCGCAUCCUGGCCAGCACUUGCAUCACGCCAACAGCCACGUUCACCUUCAUCAGACGUCGCAGGUGCAACACGUACCGGCCAACUCGGUGCACCAGCAUCGACUCUCCGUUAGCAAGAUCCUUCAGAGGGAACCCGGCAGUCCUGCCUCACCCGGGGCGAGAGAGGAGAACGGGAGAACGAUGCCUGGCGCCAACGGUGUUCAGAAUAAUGGCAUCAAUAACAGUAACCAUCAUAAUAACCAUAAUAACAACAACAAUCUGCAGCAUCAGGCCGGCUUGAAGUUCAGUAUAGACAACAUACUGAAAGCGGACUUUGGUAGACGGAUUACCGACCCGAUCUCGUUGAAGAAGUCCCGUCCCAAGAAAGUCAGCUCGAGGCCCAUCGACCUGACCAAGGACUUUCUCGAGUCGGCCACCGAAACCUCGGAGAAAAGUAGUUCGGAAACGAGCUCGACGACCAACGCCUCCUCCGGCGGUGUGACGACCGGCAGUCCUUCCUCGAACGCCACCGGACCACCUGUGUCCGAUCCGGGCAAGCAAUUGCCCUGGCCUGCCUGGGUCUACUGCACCAGAUACUCGGAUCGACCUUCCUCCGGACGGAGAUCCUACCGUGUUGCAGGUCCGCGGACGAGGAGGGUGAAGAGGUCAGACGGCCGUGGCAAUGGCGGCACCCCCGAGGAGAAGCGUCCAAGGACCGCGUUCAGCGGCGAACAACUGGCCAGGCUGAAGAGGGAGUUCGCGGAGAAUCGAUACCUAACCGAGCGAAGGAGGCAGCAGCUCUCGAGGGAUCUGGGCCUGAACGAGGCGCAGAUCAAGAUCUGGUUUCAGAACAAGAGGGCGAAGAUCAAGAAGGCCAGCGGCCAGAAGAAUCCGCUCGCCCUUCAGCUGAUGGCCCAGGGUCUUUACAAUCAUUCGACGGUGCCCCUGACGAAAGAGGAAGAGGAACAGGCGGCGGAGCUGCAAGCGAAAUGA